UGAACAGGAAUAAAGUGGACUGGGAUACCCAUGAUACUGCAGACGUGGCCAUUGGACUAAACGUGGCGUUUGGCGACGCGUCUCUGGGUGACCUGUACGAGAUGUCAGCAGAAGUGCACAGCGCUGUCAACAGGUCAUCAGUGGAGGGAACACAGCACCUCUUCCUCAGCGUGACCCAGAAUGCCUCCUGGGUCCUCGCGCCCACGGACUUCGGCACCACCACCCCGUUUUACGUCUGCGAGUUUCACGGUCCGCUCGGAUGCUGGACAGCUCCGCCUCGCUACAGUUUUAUGAAUAUUCAACGCACCUUCCAUAAUCGCUCCGUUUUUGAAACUCUUACAUACUCUUGUCACCCAGGCUUCUUCGUGGACGCGGAGGUGGGCAACAAGGAAAAGCAGGAACGCCAGUGUCACGGCCAGCUGGGAGGGUGGGCGCCGCAGGAGCCACUACUCCCUUGCACCGGCGUUGUGGUGUGCAACGAGAGUCUUCCUAGCAAGCCACACAUGACGAUCGAAAACUCCACGUACCCUGGUUACGAGACGCACUGGAUGAAGUACAACUGCUAUCCUGGCAUGGGCACGGCUGACGGCGAGGUGGAGCAGCUGUUUACGUGCACGGAGUAUAAUGGAACCUACGACUACAAUGGCACGGAAGUGAAAGAGUGUAACCGUUGCAUGAUACCACCAAACGAGGACAUCACCAACUCCCUCACCCCUGACAGCGACGAGCCCUGGAUGGUGAACGCCUUGGUGACAGUGACGUGCGAGGACAGCUACCUGGUGGCCCACAACAAGAGAGACCAGGAAGUGUUGUGCACCUCGACGGGAUGGGAUAGCCUCGAGUGCCAAAGAGGAUGUCUGGGAGAGCCCUUGGUUGGCAAUGCGACAACGACCUGGUGGGAUGACAAGUGGCGGGUGGGUGAUAACGUCGCCGCUACCUGCUUGGAAGGCUACCACUUCAUCGAGGCGGAUACCACAGAGAUGUCAUUCUCCUGCCAAUACGAUGGCUGGGAGGACCUGCCUGCCUGUGAGAAAGGUGAGGUGCUGUUUCCUUCGCCACUAGUACAGCGGGUUUACUUGUUAUGUUUAUGAGAGGAUUUUGUUGAAGGAUAUGUAACUUUACCGCCAAUACGCUGACUGGGAGAGCCUGCCUGCCUGUCAAGAAGGUGCUGUGCUGUGUCCUUCUUAUAAGUGUUAUUAUGCUUCCACAGCUGCAGUUUUCAUCCGUAGUGAUACCAAAGACUAGCAUGGAUCAGUCACUCAUUAUAUUAUAGCAUGUGCCAAGAAUAUUUCAUGGUUAAAUGGAAUAUUGUUAAUGUAUACCCACUCAACUAUAUUAUUUUGAUUCAUCUGUUUCCUGAGUGUCGAAGACUCUGAUCAGAGGCACACAAAAUUGAUCAGAGGCACACAAAACUGGGAG